CAGCUUAUGCGGGUUAGAUCUCGCUGCACCCUCCUCCGAGUGGCUUUCCGCACUGCCCCACUCUUGUGCCCCAAGCCGAGCGCUGGCCUUUUCGCCGCUCGACCCGCACCGCGUCCGCGCUUCCAGACUUCGGGUUCUCUUAAAUGUUUUCUUGGAACCUUGAAGAUGGAAAUGACAUCUCUGAAACGUGGGUGCCUUGUUGUUGAAGAUAAUGACGGUGAGGCCCCAGCUGAGGAAACAAAAAAACAGAGGAUCUCAUUGGACUGUUGUCUGACCAAAGGUCAGGAUGGACUAGGAAAUGAAAAUCUACCCAGUAGUGAGAAUGAGCCUGGGCUACCAGAUACUGUAAGUGCAGGAAAAGGUAAAAAGAAUUCUGAUGGUCAGUUGGAGGAAGAGGAGGAGGAAGAUGGCCUUUCAGAGGAGGACACUGAGGAGGAAGAACCAGAGAGUUUUGCAGACAUGAUGAAGCAUGGACUCACUGAACUUGAUGUAGGCAUCACCAAGUUUGUAAGUUCUCAUCAAGGAUUCUCAGGAAUCUUAAAAGAAAGAUAUUCUGACUUCAUUGUUCAUGAAAUAGGAAAAGAUGGACGGAUCAGCCAUUUGGAUGACUUGUCUGUUCCAGUGGAUGAAGAGGAUCCUUCUGAAGAUGUAUUUACAGUUUUGACAGCUGAAGAAAAGCAGCAAUUGGAAGAGCUGCAACUUUUUAAAAAUAAAGAAACCAGUGUUGCCAUUGAGGUUAUUGAAGACACCAAAGAGAAAAGAACCAUCAUCCAUCAAGCUAUUAAAUCUCUGUUUCCAGGAUUAGAAACAAAAACAGAGGAUAGAGAUGGCAGAAAAUACAUCGUAGCCUACCAUGCAGCUGGAAAAAAGGCUUUGGCAAAUCCAAGAAAACAUUCUUGGCCAAAAUCUAGGGGAAGUUACUGCCACUUUGUUCUAUACAAGGAAAACAAAGACACCAUGGAUGCUAUUAAUGUACUGUCCAAAUAUUUAAGAGUCAAGCCAAACAUAUUCUCCUAUAUGGGAACCAAAGAUAAAAGGGCUAUAACAGUUCAAGAGAUUGCUGUUCUCAAAAUAUCUGCACAGAGACUUGCCCACCUGAAUAAGUGCUUGAUGAACUUUAAGCUAGGAAAUUUCAGCUAUCAAAAAAACCCUCUGAAAUUGGGAGAGCUUCAAGGAAAUCACUUCACUGUUGUUCUCAGAAACAUAACUGGAACUGACGGCCAAGUACAGCAAGCUAUGAACUCCCUCAAGGAUAUUGGAUUUAUUAACUACUAUGGAAUGCAAAGAUUUGGAACUACAGCCGUCCCUACAUACCAAGUUGGAAGAGCUAUUCUACAAAAUUCCUGGACAGAAGUCAUGGAUUUAAUACUGAAACCCCGUUCUGGAGCCGAAAAGGGGUACUUGGUUAAAUGCAGGGAAGAAUGGGCGAAGACCAAAGACCCAGCUGCUGCCCUCAGAAAACUACCUGUCAAAAGGUGUGUGGAAGGGCAGCUGCUUCGUGGACUUUCAAAAUAUGGAAUGAAGAAUAUAGUCUCUGCAUUUGGCAUAAUACCAAGAAAUAAUCGCUUAAUGUAUAUUCAUAGCUAUCAAAGCUAUGUGUGGAAUAACAUGGUGAGCAAGAGGAUAGAAGACUAUGGGCUACAACCUGUUCCAGGGGACCUUGUUCUCAAAGGAGCCACAGCCACCUAUAUUGAGGAAGAAGAUGUUAAUAAUUACUCCAUUCAUGAUGUAGUAAUGCCUUUGCCUGGUUUCGAUGUUAUCUACCCAAAGCAUAAAAUUAGUGAAGCCUACAGGGAAAUGCUCACAGCAGACAACCUUGAUAUUGACAACAUGAGACACAAAAUUCGAGAUUAUUCUUUAUCAGGGGCCUACCGAAAGAUCAUUAUUCGUCCUCAGAAUGUCAGCUGGGAAGUCGUUGCAUAUGAUGAUCCUAAAAUUCCACUUUUCAACACAGAUGUGGACAACCUAGAAGGGAAACCACCACCAGUUUUUGCUUCUGAAGGCAAAUACAGGGCUCUGAAAAUGGAUUUUUCUCUUCCUCCUUCUACAUAUGCUACCAUGGCCAUUCGAGAAGUGCUAAAAAUGGAUACCAGUAUCAAGAACCAGACCCAGCUGAAUACAACUUGGCUCCGCUAAGUAGUACCUUAUCCACAUACCAGAAAAUGCAGACAAGUGUUUGCUACCCAGCCUCCUGUUCAUUUUUCUCUUUGGUCAGACCCAUAUAUGGAUUUUCAAUCUUUGUAGUAAAAGAUUAUUUGUAUUUUUUAAAGUUUUUAUUAGCUUAAAGAAAUAAUUUGCAAUAUUUGUACACAUACACAAAUACUUAAUAUCCUGAUUUUAGCUCGGAGGAUGUAAAUUGGUCAAAAUAUACUUUAGGUGCUUAAAUCAUAGUAUAAUAUCAGCUUUACUGGCUUUAUAUAAUAAAGACUUUGGUUUAAAGUAGAAGUUUUAGGUUUGCUACAUAUCUGAAACACAACAGGAAUUUUUAACACAUUCAUGAAUGAAGCACAUGACAGUGGGUUUUAAGAGCAAAUGCAACAAAACAAGUCUUGACUAUGGAUGAACAAUUUGAGAGUCCCUACUUAUAAUGCAGUGCUCAUACUGGCUUAAAUGAUAAUACAACCUCUAUAGGCUAUAAACACAAAAGUGAUUGUCAUUAUGCAGCUCUUGUACCUGAUUCAGGUAAGCAUUUGUAUACUGUUUAAGUUUGCGAUGGGUUUGAAUUUAUAUUAUCAACUCUUUAAGGAGAGUUGUAUUAAUAGGGCCUUUUUUCUUGUAAAUAUGUGUAGUUGUUUUUUAUUGGCUAAGGUCUAAUUUUACUCUAGGUGCCUUUUAUGUUCAGAACUCUUUCCACUGAACUGGUGUUUGCUUAAAAAUAAAUAAUGGCAAAGAAGAAAACUAAAAAUUUAUGAGGGCUCCUUCUAUCAGCAACAUUUAACCUUCGGCACCAACUACUUACUCCAUUUCUAGCACUGCAUAACAGUUUUCUCUGGUAUGAAUGGUUAGAUUAGCCUUUCCAAAGUUGUGUACAUAAUUGUACCAGUUUUUGUUUCCUAUCAUUUCUAGAUUCAAAUGUAAUAAAUAUUUUUUUAAAAACUCCUUUCUACUGAUUAUGUAAAUAAGUCAAAUACCUAAAACUGGGUGCAAGUGAUAAUUUUGUCCCUGACUAAAGAAAGGCAAGGGCAUUGGUGGCUCCUGCCUAUAAUCUUAGCUA